AUGGAGUUUCUAUUGGGCUUGAGGUUUGAUGAAUCAGUGUAUGACGAAAUAUUGCCAGUAUCGUUAAUAUCAUCACAAGAUAAAUUUUGGAAAUUUUAUAAACCGUUAAACAAAGUUCAGUAUAUAAAGAAAACUGGAUCCGGAAUAAAAUAUGGAUGUUCUAGAAUUUUUUUUCCAAACAAAUCGGAUAAAGAAAACUCAAAAAUCGUGACGUUUAAUCAAAUCAACGCCGGGCAUGGUUUUUAUCAGAAAGGAAACGUAGCACAAAUAGCAGCGCCUAAGACCUGCAAUAAAAGAAAAAUUCACAGUAAACCAAAAUCAUGUAGCCAGGAAUUGAAAAAGUUUGGCCUAAAAGCCAAUAUAGAUUGCAAAAAGGUAAUAUCAAAACUUAAUUCACAAACAAGACUAUCGGAGUUUCAUUUUGAUUUCUUAAAUAUCCCCACAUUGAUGAACUGUAAGAAUCAAUCUGAUCGCUAUUUUGUGGAUACUUUUGACAAAACAUCGAAAAACUAUAAAUCAGAAUGCUUGAACUUUGAAGAUUUAUUGAAGUUUAAGAAAGUUUUGAAGAAAGAGUUAUAUAGUGAUCUUUUUGAUCAAACAGCUAUGAAAUUAGAAUUAAAGAACGCUUUGUUUCACUGGGCUACUGAAUGUGGAAUUAAAAUCUUAAGAUUUCCAUCAAAUGAAAUCGAUAAUGUCUUCCACCGUUUAAAUAUAAUGGAUGUAAAGAUCCAGUUACAAACAAUUGUCUCCAUAGGAGUUUUUGAAGUAAAUCCAAACAUCACAAAUUGA